AUGUCUUGCACUCUUGAUUUUCUCAAGGAGGCGUUGAAACAAGCAGCAUCAUCAGCGACAGCCUCUUUCCCGAAACAGCCGCUCGUCGACACUGAAUAUGAGGCUGGGUUCAAAAUCUUGUCUCAAGGUCAUGGAUGGAAGAUUUACCAGGAGUUCAUCAUACCGCAACUUUGCGAACUUCUGGGUCACCUUUUUGCUUCUCACCGCGAGAUAUCGGUUCUCGAGAUUGGACCUGGGCCUGCAACAAUUCUUGAGCAAUUGCCAAAGGACUUGCGCCAGAAUAUUGCCCAAUACACGGCUUUCGAACCCAACGGACUGUUUGCCUCAAACCUGGAGAACCGACUUAGGAUCCCGGGCAAUCAGCCGCCGGUAUUUCCAAGCCUCAAUAGGCCGGCCAACAUCAACCGGAUUCCUUAUCGAUCCGUUGACUGCGACGCCUGUGGCGAGGAGCAAUUUGACGUCGUCAUCUUUUGCCACAGCUUGUACGGCAUCGCCGGUAAAGACAAGGCCGUCCAGCAGGCCGUGCAAAUGCUUACCGCCAAACGAGAGUCUAUGGUUCUUGUUUUCCACCGCGAAAGAAUUUUCCUGAAUGGUUUGGUCUGCCGCCAAACUGCGUCAUUCCCCGAGGGAGCUGUUGAUGUGAAGAACGAGGACGCUAUUCUCGACUCUUUCGCGGCAUUCAUGGUGGGAUUCAGCACCACGGAGGAGUGUGUUCGAGCGGAAUGGCGCAGUAUCUGUCGCCAGCUUGGACGUCGUUCCCCGACCGACCAAACAUACCUUUUGUUUCGUGCACCCGAGGUGAUGGUCGUCCUCUCUCCGUCGGCGCUAUCUUUACCAGGACUUGCUAUCGCGGGCGUCCCAACAAUGAGUGGGGAUAGAAUCGUCAAAAACAGCAUCGCACGUCACCACCGUCCAGCCGCUAUUGCGAGACCGACCAGCCUCCAUCAGGUCCAGGAAUGUGUCCGCUGGGCUCUCAAAACCAACACUAGCUUGACGGUUAUAGCGGGCGGACACAGCGGCCAAUGCAUUCUCCCAAACGUCGUCGCGUUGGACAUGGGUGCUUUUAACCGCAUUCACAUUGUUCCUUCGGAACAGGGUGUGAGUGGCCUAAAUCCGGACCCUUUGGUAGUGGCAGACGCAGGCUGCAAUGCUGGGGACAUCAUCCGCGGGACCGUCGCGGUGGGAUUAACGGUGCCCCUGGGUGCCAGGCCUAGUGUCGGCGCCGGACUUUGGCUCCAAGGAGGAAUUGGACACCUCUCUAGGCUUCACGGGCUGGCUUGCGACGCCAUUGUUGGCGCUGUAGUGAUCAGGGCCGACUCUGCCGAAAUUGUCACCGUCGGGAUGGUUCCCGGGAAGCACCGACCCGUGGGAUCGAAACAUAUGGUGGAUACGGAUCUGUUAUGGGCGCUCAAGGGUGCCGGAUCGAAUUUUGGGGUUGUGGCUCGUGUUAUCUUCAAAGCCUACCCAGCCCCAAUGUACACGGUCCGACACUGGAUAUUUCCCCUUGUUGACAUCCAUGAUGCCCGCCACCGGUUUGAUGAAUUCGACAAGGCGAUUGCGAAGGCAUUACCCAGAACAUCAGCCUCAGAUGCUUAUCUGUACUGGCACGACGGAAACCUUCGUCUCGGCAUAACAGUGUAUCAGAUGAGCUUCGACAACGCUGCACAGAUGCCUCUUUCCCUGUCCAUCUCGGCCACCCUGGGACCAGAGCUUAGUGUUUCCGUCGUGGAUGGUGUAGGUGCAUUUGAGAGUGAGAUGUACAUGUCUGCAAUGCAUGGGGGGCACGGAGGAGGGAGGACGUCCUCUUUCAAGCGCUGCUUGUUGCUCAACAACAUCGCAAACCCCACGGUUGUCGGCAUUUUGGCUGCGGGUUUGCAGGCCCGUCCUACACCCCUUUGUUAUUUCCAUCUGCUUCACGGCGGUGGGGCCGUUGGUGACGUGCUUGCUCAUGAGAGCGCGUUUGGUCUUCGCGACUGGGAAUUUGCUUGUGUCAUCACCGGGGUUUGGCGCCGGGAGGAGGAUGGAUCCCACGUCGCCCGAGACGUCGUCGACUGGGUGUACCGCGUCGCCCGGGACUUAUUGCCAGUGAGCUGUGGGGGGUACGCUGCGGACCUCGGACCAGACCCUCGGGAUCAGGCUUUGGCUGCGAACGCGUUUGGGGCCAAUGCAGCGCGUCUCGCCCAUUUGAAGCGCGUGAUGGAUCCACGCGGCAUAUUUGGUUAUGCGUGCCCGCUUCCAAGGGUAUCACCGGUUCCUCAGCUGAUUGUUCUUGUCACCGGCGACAGCGGGGUUGGGAAAGAUUACUGUGCGCUCGUCUGGGAUGGCAUGUUCACUGAACAUGGUAUCCGGGCACGUACAGCAAGCAUCAGUGAGACGUUAAAGCGCGAGUACGCAGUGGCUACUGGCGCUGACCUCCCAAGGCUCCUGCAUGACCGCAAAUACAAAGAGCACCAUCGAUCUGACCUGACCAGAUUUUUCACGAACCAGGUCCGGGUCCGGCGUAGUCUGCCGGAAGAUCAUUUUCUGAGCUUAAUCUUGAGCGCGGAGCACGUCGACGUCCUCUUCAUAACCGGUAUGCGGGACGACGUUCCCGUGGCUAGCCUUUCGCAUUUGGCCUCGGAGAGCCGGAUGAUCGAGGUCUGCGUGACAACUAGUCUCGAGACGCGACAGGAGAGAUUAGGCCGCACAUUUGGGGAACUUCCGCGCUUGGUGGGGGGGACAUCCAAGGGUGACGCCAGCGGCAGCUGGAACCCGGGCGUCUUGGGCCCCUCCGCUGAUUUGACCUUUUCGAACGACGAGAUGGGGGUGGACCAGGCGAAAGAGUUUGGAGUCACUCGUCUCCUGCCGUUCUUCCGCCCAGAGCUCGAGAAAUUAGCGGGAAUGGUGGGCCGCAUUCCUGACUUCCCACGUCCGGGUGUUGACUUUCGCCACGUCUUGGGCAUCGCACAACAGCCUGGCGGGCUCGAUGCCUGCACAUCCCUGCUGAUGGACUUGUUUUUGAGAGAUUCUCAUCACAUUGACACCAUUGUGGGCUGCGAAGCCGGUGGGUUUAUUUUCGCCUCUGCGUUGGCUUCGCGGUUGAGUCUCCCCAUUGCCCUGAUCCGCAAUGCUGGUAAACUCCCCCCACCCACUAUUUCUGUGGCAAAAUCGGCGUCACAUAUCUCUGCUUCCGAAGGGCAAUCGCUGGAGAGCCAAAUCGAGAUGGGACGAGAUGUGAUCCCAUCUGGUGGAUCCGUGGUCGUGGUGGACGAUGUCCUCGCAACAGGACGGACGCUGAGCGCGGUCCUGCGUCUUCUCCGUGAAGGUGGCGUCGAUCUUAGGCGCGUUCGCGUCAUGGUGGUGGCAGAGUUUCCGCUCCAUCGUGGUCGGCGACUGCUAGUCGAGCAGGGAUUUGGACAAGUCAACAUCCAUGCCCUUUUGGUUCUUGGAGGUGUGUGA